AUGGAUGUGCGGUCGAAGAAUCGUCGGGUCAGCAUGCUCAGCGCGACGCGGAAGAACUUCGCCGAGGUGGAGCGCAUCGUACGGUCGCUGACAGCGGAUAGGUUAGCGGCCGCCAGGGCGGAGCUGGAGACGUCGGGCAAGACUACCGACGAUGGCGUCAAGGAGCUUCUAAGAUGCCUUUCGCUGUACGGCUAUCGGCAGCCCAUGUCGAGGGAGCUCCGUCUGAGCAUGCGGCGCAAGAUCCAGUCACUCAUCUUAUGUCGUGGCGUGCCUGCAAUCUGGUUCACGCUCAACCCGAACGACAUCACGAACCCGGUGAAGCUGAGACUGGCGGCAUACCGCACACGUGAUCCCGCAGCGGCCGAGGCAUUCCUGCAAGGCCUCGACAAGGCGUUCAAACGUGCGCGGCUGGCCAUCUCGGACCCGUUAAGCUCGGCCGAAUUCUUCCACCGAGAAAUGACGUUGUUCUUCGAACAUUACGUGAGAGUGGGCGAGGAGUCGGUGUUCGGGCGCAUCAGCCACUAUUACGGUGCCGUCGAGACCAACGAGCGUGGAGCGCUCCAUGUUCACGGACUGCUCUGGCUGCAGGGCAACGUGCAUCUAAGCUCGAUGCUUGCCGAUAUCGACGGCGAGGAUCAAGCGGCAUACCGAGAACGCAUCGUCAGAUACGUCGACAGUGUCUUUUCCGAGGAUCUGGACCAGGAAGGCUUCUGCGCAAUGCAGGCCGAGCGAUCGGUGACGUCAGAUAUAUCGCAAUUUCUGGGCGACGAACGGCAAUUUUCAGCCUCGUUCGACGAGGAAGCGAACUUCUGUGCCGGCGCGACGCAGAUCCAUACCCACAGCCCGACCUGCGUCAAGUACUCGCUGGGCAAAGGGGGGCGCAAGGGCGAUUUAUGUCGUUUCAAGGCGCCGUGGGGACUGGUCGACGAGACGGCCUUCACGGGAGACGGCGUGCUGCGGAUUCGGAGGUCGCACAGCAUGGUGAAUCGGUGGAACAAGGCCAUUGCCGUGGGGCUUCGCCACAACCAUGACAUAUCUUUCAUCGUCACACAGCGUAAGACGAUGGCCCUCAUCUUUUACGUCACAAACUAUGCGACCAAGGUGGAGGACCCUGUAUGGAAGCGCGUCGCCGCCGCCGCGGAUCUCUUGCCUCCCAGGGCAGGUGACGGAAUGGCCGACGGCGCGGAGUCUUCCGACAAUGGCCGCACCUUCGACGAAAGCGGCGCAGCCGUUGCAGAUGGCUCUGUGGACGAGUCAAUACUCGUCGAAGAAGCAGGCCAGAGGAUUUGCCGUGUCGAGGCAUACCGUCAUCGGGGAGACGUCCUUCGAGGGCUGUGUCUCUACGACUACGUUUCGCUGGUCAGGCUGAAGCGCAACGAAAGGGACGAGGGGCCCGCCGGCUGGGGGGAGGUCCCGUUCGAGAGCGGCUGGGCUCCGGGAGGCCGUUGGGCGCAGGUGCUCAGGCGACCGGGCAAGCAGGCCACGGUCUGCCUCGACGGGUAUUUGAGCAAGGAUUUCGACGAAGACGACGAAGGGUCGUGCUACCGAAGAGCGGCUGUGCAGCAUCUUGCGCUGUUCGUGCCAAGCUCGAUCGGGCCGAACCAAAUCACGGCCGGCUCGCCGGAGCUCACGGCGAUGAUGCAGGAGCUCAGCCGAUUUCAGCAAUCGGCGCUGUCCUCUUCUUCCGAGGUCCAGGCCACAAUACUACCCGAACGGGGCCCAAGACGAAUCAACAUCCCGGGCGGGCAUUCUCCGGAGCCACCAUACCGCCGCAAACCUGUCCACGGCACCGCGGAGCUCGAGGAAGGAGUAGCGGGGGCCAGCGCGGGAAUGGAGAUCCGGUUCGGUGCCUCAACCUCCUUCCUCGAGGCGGGCAAGGCCCUGGCAGCGCGGCUCACGCUAAACAAGAAGCAGGCGAUCGCCUUCCUAAUUAUAUGCCGCCAGCUUGACCUGAUACGGCGCGGGGAGAAAAGCAACGUACGCCAGCUGUGCCAGUUCGUCGGUGGAGAGGGCGGAACGGGCAAGUCACGAGUCAUCGAGGCGCUCGUCGAGCUCUUCGCGUCCAAGGAUCAAUCGAAUCGUCUGAUGAUAACGGCGACGUCGGGGACGGCAGCAGCGCGGAUCAACGGCAUUACGAUCCACUCCGCCUGCGGGUUCUCGAAAGAUCUCGCGGCAGCCGCAAACGCGGCCAAGGAUCUCGACGGGGUGCGACUGCCGAAACAGGCGGAGCGGUUCGUCGACGGGCAAUCCCGGAUGGACUGGCAGGAGAAGGACGUGCUCGUCAUCGACGAGGUGAGCAUGCUCGGGGCGCGGACGCUACACGCGGUGAACGAGCAGCUCUGCCGGCUGCGCGGGUCGCACCAGGAUUUUGGAGACAGCUCCUUCAAGGCCGAGACACGGCACCAGCACGACAAGGCGCACGCGUUGUGGAAGAGAUUCACGACCACGGUCAUGCUGGACGAGCAGGCGGAUCCGUGGGAGACGUGCAUCACCGUGGUGACGCCGCUGAACAGGAACCGGUGGAACCUCAACAUGGAGGCCAGCUUGGCGUUCCGGGCCCAGCAGCGGUCAGUGAUGCGCAUCUUCAUCUCGGAUCAUACGUGGAAGGAGGCCCUGCCGACGGAGGAAGAGGCCAUCAUGAUGCUGAACCAGGGCGACGACAGCGCGAUCCCGGUGCCGGCCGUCUUCAUGUUCGUGCCGGGGAUGCCGGUCGUCGUGAACCAUAACACCCAUCAGGGGCUAAAGCUGGUGAACGGCGCCGGCUACACGGCGCUGGAGGUCGUCCUCGACAAGUCGUACCCGGGGCAUCGUAUCACGGCAGACACGACGGUCCAUUUCGGGCCGCCGGCGGGGAUAAUGCUGGAGUCGGAGACGACGAACGACGUUCACUUCUGCCAGCGAAAGAGGCCGUGGCAGCAGAACGACGUCAGCCGAAAGGGCCUGCCCUGUACGGCAGCCUUCGCGUGCACAGACUAUAAAGUGCAGGGCAGGACGCUCGAGCGUGUAGCUCUGGAGCUGCGGGGAACGCGGACGUCAAACAUCGACGGACGCGCCGUGUCCUCGCAGUGCGACCCGUACAGCCUGUACGUGCAGCUGUCUCGCUGCCCGACGCUGGACGGCAUUAUGCUGGUCUCGAAAUUGCGGGAGAGGGACCUGGUGGGCAACAAGGUGCCAGACGAGAUGACAGACGCAGAAGCGAGGCUGGGCCAGCUGAGCGACAAGACUGUCCGCGAGGCCUCGGGAUGGCUAGACGUUGAUUCCCUGGACUCUAAAGGCACGGGCCUGGACGUGUAG